AAAUUCAGAAAUGAAUAAUGUCCAAGAACUAUCAUUCCACUGGCAGCUUGUAAAAUAAGUAAAUAUGCUAGCACAAUCAGGCAGUAGAAAAAAUGGCAUGGUAGGUAAGGUUAUCAUGUCAAAGUGUAAGCAAGCAGGAAAAUUUAAUAAUUACGUCGUUGUUAUAAGCACUCUUUCAUGGAUAAAGCUCCUCGUACAAUUGCAAGUCUCUGCAUAGUUACACAAGCUCACCAAGACUUGGAGAAGAAACUGGGAUUAUCUCAUAUCGUCGACUCGACUCAAAAUUUUCAAGACAAAAAUAUAAAAUAAGCAUCGUCCAAUGUUGAUGGAAUAAAAAUGGGUGAAAAACUAAAAUCAAGCAAAGUCCAAAAACAUGAUCCAGAAAGGAAAAGUUUCAUAAUGAGAAAUAAACUCUUCGCCAUACCUGUGGCAGUUUUAGCCUGUGUGAUUUACGCAACUUUUGCUCCAAGCAAAAGUCCAAUUGUGCAAACCACGCUCGGCCAACUUCAAGGAACGGUGGGUCGAUCAAGAGAAGGGAAGCCUGUCUACGAGUUUGUUGGAAUACCGUAUUCCGCUCCACCCUUAUUAGACUUAAGGUUUGAGCCACCAACUCCUCCUGUGGCAUGGGAAGGCGUGAAGCAAGCAAACCGAUAUGGCUCGCAAUGCCUGCAGAUUGAUGUUAUAACCAGCAUUAAACUUGGUUCGGAAGAUUGUCUUUAUUUGAACGUAUUUACUCCGAAGGAUCCUAUGGACAGUGGAAACAAAUUGCCAGUUCUGUUCUGGAUUUACGGAGGGGGUUUUCAGUCAGGAGGAUCACACAUUUAUCGACCUACAUAUAUUAUGGAUGAAGAGGUGGUCUUUGUAAGCAUCAAUUAUCGACUUGGUGCAAUGGGAUUCUUGAACUCUGGCGAUAGUUUGAUAAGAGGCAACCAAGGAAUGAAGGACAUAAUUCAAGGAUUAAAGUGGACACAGGAUAACAUUCACAAUUUUGGUGGAGAUAAUAAGUCGGUGACUAUUUUUGGAGAAUCCGCAGGCGGUGGUGCUGUUCAUUUUCUUAUGCUAUCUCCUCUCUCGAAAGGAUUGUUCCAUAGAGCGAUUUCACAAUCUGGAAAUGUUCUCAAUGCCUGGCUGUAUUCAAGAUAUCCGAAAGAGCAGUCUCAAAAUUUGGCAAAUAGACUGGGGUGCCCUGUCGAGCCGUCGGACGAGAUGGUUAAAUGCUUGAAAAUGGUGGAUGCCAAAGAUAUUGUUGAGACACACCGAGAGAUGAGGCUGCCACCGAGACCGCUGUUAGGAAAAUAUGCACCUUCAGUGGAGGCAGUUGUGGAUUCCUCGACCUUUCUCCCAGAUCAACCCAUUGAAAUGAUGAAACGAGGACAAUUCGCAAAGAUUCCUUGGAUGUCAGGAGUGGAUUCCGAGGAAGGACUUCCAUUUGCAACAGAAAUUCUUGAACAGCAAUUUCUCGUCGAUUGGGCAAACCGAGACUGGGAUGAUUUUAUUACACAAGUUGUUUUUCUCAACGUUGCUCCACAAAGACCGAAUAAUACUCCGCAGAAACUGAAAGAGUUUUAUCUCAAUAAUUCCACUUUCUGCAGCAUCAAAAGCUUUCGUGGUCUAUCUGAGCUUCAUGCUGCAAGAUUUUUCUUUGUUUCUGGACAUCACACAGCAAAAUAUCAUGCUCAGCAUGCUCCAGUGUACCUCUACUACUACGAUUACCCCACAGAAUUUGGCUUUCUAAAAUUAAUGCACUCUCUCCGUGGAAAAUAUUUUCCUGUAGUAGAAACUGUAAUGGAAAUUGUGUGGCAUUGGGUACAAAAAAUUCUUGGCUUAAAAAUCCAUAGACGAGGGUCAUCACAUGGGGAGGAGAUGUUGCUACAAUUUGACUUUCCUUUUAUCCCAGGGGCACCAGUUGGGUCUUCUGAUUAUGAAAUGUCCAAAGCCCUCAUCAAGUCAUGGGUCACCUUUGCUUCCGAUCCAGCUAAAUUGACGUUUAAAUCUCAUAAAUGGCCUCCCCAUGAUCCCAAGUCAUCCAAACUUACUUACAUGGAGAUCUCACCUGGAUCAAAAGGAAUGAUAGCCGAACCAUUUGCUAAUCAAGUGGAGUUUUGGAAUACCUUGAACAUUAUUUAAAACCAACAUAUGAAAAGCUAUAAUAAUAUAUGAAUACCGACUUUAUAUUUAAAGAAUUUUCGCAUAUUUUUCGAGCAAAGGAAAUGCCAUCAAGUUCGAGAAAAUUUAAUCCUAGGUCUGCAUAAACUAUUUCAAGAUUACGCAAUUCGCAUUGUGAUAAAAAUCCUAUUUUCUCAUUAAGUAAGAUUAUUAAAGCAAAUAGUACAGCACAAGCAAA